AUGUGUUAUUCCGGCUCGCCAGUGCGGCACCGCGACUCGCCAGUGCGGCACCGCGACUCGCCAGUGCGGCACCGCGACUCGCCAGUGCGGCACCGCGACUCGCCAGUGCGGCACCGCGACUCGCCAGUGCGGCACCGCGACUCGCCAGUGCGGCACCGCGACUCGCCAGUGCGGCACCGCGACUCGCCAGUGCGGCACCGCGACUCGCCAGUGCGGCACCGCGACUCGCCAGUGCGGCACCGCGACUCGCCAGUGCGGCACCGCGACUCGCCAGUGCGGCACCGCGACUCGCCAGUGCGGCACCUUGCCUCGCCAGUGCGGCACCGCGACUCGCCAGUGCGGCACCGCGACUCGCCAGUGCGGCACCGCGACUCGCCAGUGCGGCACCGCGACUCGCCAGUGCGGCACCGCGACUCGCCAGUGCGGCACCGCGACUCGCCAGUGCGGCACCGCGACUCGCCAGUGCGGCACCGCGACUCGCCAGUGCGGCACCGCGACUCGCCAGUGCGGAACCUCGACUCGCCAGUGCGGCACCGCGACUCGCCAGUGCGGCACCGCGACUCGCCAGUGCGGCACCGCGCCUCGCCAGUGCGGCACCGCGACUCGCCAGUGCGGAACCUCGACUCGCCAGUGCGGCACCGCGACUCGCCAGUGCGGCACCUUGCCUCGCCAGUGCGGCACCGCGACUCGCCAGUGCGGCACCGCGACUCGCCAGUGCGGUACCGCGACUCGCCAGUGCGGCACCGCGACUCGCCAGUGCGGCACCGCGACUCGCCAGUGCGGCACCACGACUCGCCAGUGCGGCACCACGACUCGCCAGUGCGGCAUUAA